GCCGCGAUUCGUUGAUUCCCGUAGCCUUCCAGGCUCUCGACCAAUCAGAGACGAGCAUGACGUCACUCGAUCAGCAGCCGCAAGAAAACAAAAAUUCCGCCCACAUUGGUGUGUUUGUAAAUUGGCUUGAAAAAUUCGGCGGAUUUGACCAAAAGAGAUAAAAAUGGAGCAAAUCGUGCAAAACCAGAUGCAGGAAGUGAUCAAGCAGGUGGAGCAGCACGUCGAUGCGGAAAUUGAGAAGCUCGAAAAGUUUGAUCCGGAUGACUUUGAAAAGCUCAGGGAGAAGAGGUUGGAGAAUAUGAAGAAGGAGGCAAAGUUGAGACAGGAAUAUUUGGCCCUAGGCCAUGGUCAAUACAAUGAAGUGCCUGAGGAGAAAGAGUUCUUUGAACUGACUAAGAAGUCAAAAAACGUCGUUUGCCACUUUUACAAGGAUGGAUCGGCCCGCUGCAAGAUUGCUGACCACCACUUGCGAACAUUAGCUCCAAAACACCUUGAAACUCUCUUCUGCAAAUUGAAUGUUGAGAAGUGCCCUUUCCUCACUGACCGUCUGAAAAUAAAAAUCAUCCCAACGAUUGUAUUGUUCGUGGACCAGAAAACCAAAGACUACAUCGUUGGCUUCACUGAUUUGGGAAACAGAGACGACUUCACCACCGAGAUCAUGGAGUGGCGCAUUGCCCAGUGUGGAGUGAUCAACUACAGCGGAGACCUGAUGACUCCCCCAGAUCAGACUGAACGGAAGUCCAAGUCGCUUCUUGGCCAGACCAAAUGCAUCAGAGACAAGGAGGACGACGAAAGCGAUGGACUGGACAGCGACUGAUCUCUCUUGGCUUGCAUUUGAUUACAUCGCAUUCCUUUGGCAAACGGGCUGCUAUUCUCUGCUUUUGUGCUUUUAGCACAAAUUAAAUUGUAUUUUUAUUACUGUCUUAAAGUAUGUAGCAUUCACUGAUUUAAAUUAAAAGAUUAUGGCACAAGUUUAUAAGAACUGUAUUAAAAUUAUUUAUAUUUCUUUUUCAUUAAAUUCGAUCUGGU